AUGGUCUCAGAGACGAAGGAGAGUCAGCGCCAUGACUUUGGCCCACGAGAUGGGAACCAAUCAUCACCCACAGAGUUUCUUACUAUGCUACCUGACGAGCUAUGGCGCGAGAUACUCGAUCAAGUCUACCCUUCACGCGAUGGCAUGGCAGCCGUUCCCUCCGCAUUCACAUCUUGGGGCCAUGCAAUAGGAGUUAUUGCUCGAGAUCCCAUGCGAAGAAUGCGGGCGAUGCAGAAAUACCGCUCGCAGUUACGGCUGGUUUGCAAGAGGCUCGAGCCGAUUGCACUCGGGGUGCUCUUUCAAGACAUCAUUCUCCCACAUCAUCAUACCGAACUCGAGUUACUCUUUGAAAUUGCUCAGGAGACUCAUGGAGCACCAUCAAGUCCCGGUGAUUUAACGCGACGAUUGAUGACGCGCUUAUGCUUCCCAGACGAGGAUGGCGAAAUGGAGGAAGGUAAAACGUAUGACCGUCAAUUGGAUCUUAUUCAUAAAACGUUUCCAAAUAUCAACACGCUCAUCAUAGAUGACGCCUUCUCCACCAAAGUGACAACUUUUUACCUAGACUGGAUUACCGGAGUGAAGCAUCUGUGUUGGUAUCCAUCUCCGCUUAAAUACGAACAAGUUGUGCAGAUCCUAGCUCAAAAUCCGGAGCUGCAGAGCUUUGUUCUCUCAUCGCCUUCAGGGAGCUUGUACUGUUGGCCAAAACAUGCGCCGCCAUGGGGUAACAUGAAGCAAUUUUUCAUAGGUUAUCCACCGCAUACGCCUUUCCUCGCGACUCUUCCUCCGGACCUCGACAGACUCGGCUUCACAUUCGGCACGCAUCUCGCACUCGACCUUUCCAGGCUGAGCUCAAAGAUGCUAACAUCGCUCGAAGUACAUUGGUCUACGUCGCGAGAGAGACCGCUGAUAAUGGAUGAUAUAUUGAGUCUAUUGUACGCCUGUCCCCGGCUAGAGGUAUUCACCACGAGCACCUGCUACUCAUUUGUAGCACCCAAAGCAAGUUACGAAGCGCACCCUUCGCUUCGCACCCUUUGUAUCACAAAUGCGGUCGGCCUAGUGGAUGCAAUGCUUCGUCAAUGGGGGAUCAUUCGUUCUUGCUGUGGAUACCCCCAUUUCAACCGAGUCUUAGUCCUUACAAGGCCGACUUAUAUGAUGCAGGUCGCAGACUCACUUGUCAGAUUCCUUCACGAGGAACAUGAUAUUCCAUUAGAAUUUGUAUUGGGGGAGCUAUAA